CUGCAGAAUUAUUUUUUUUUUCGAUCGAGGUGUGUGUGUGUGUCAUCCCUCUCAACAUUAGCGAAUAAGCGUAUCGAGUCUGUCCAAAUUCCCCAUUGGGCGAGGAGCCCAAUCCUAUAAAGACGAUCCUAUAAAAUCUACCUCAACGACUAUCGGCACGCGAGAUCAAGUCCCACUUUCGAGCAUAUAAUUAUCUUGGACAAGAAAUAAUCGACGAACACAAUCACUCUUGCAAAAUCACUCGUCCAACUGAAAGUCCUUAGAACUUAAAAAUCCUCCCUUCGAGAUUCUUGCUACUUUUCGCAUUCUAUCUCUUUAUACGCGCGAGUCGCGUCGCAUAAAUCGCAACUUUGUCGCCGUUUCGUCGUCGUUUUACUCUCCGUAAUUUUCGCGUCCUUCAUAUUCCUUUCGCGGAGAGGCAUGAGGGAAGAGGCGCCGGAUAAAUUCCUAAGAUAAUCGUUACAAGCGUCCUCCAGCGUGCAGAAUCGUUUCCUUUGAUCAUAAAUUCGGUAAAGUACGCGCGAUAAAGACAAUCGUAACAUCGCAGUAUCAAAGUAUCUGGUCCUCGGGAUCGAUUGAAUGCGGACGGGGUGUCAAAUCGGGCUGUCAAGUCGGCGCACGUUGUACCGUCGUCGUGCCGUCAUCCGUAAAGCAAGGUGGUGAUAUGCUCCAUCUCACGCGGGUGCGCGUAAGGGAUAAUGCUGGCGGCGAGAGAUGAGAUGAUAGACCGUCAAGAAGAGAAAGAGAGAAGAAACAGUUGCACCGCGGGACGGAGAGGAGAAGCCACCGCGCCAAGAAAGACGCACAGCCAUGUCAUGGGAGUCUAUCUCGUCCAGGGAUUACCUCGGCGGAUCAGCGAGCCAUCAGCUCUCGGCGACCGCGCUGCUGGGUAGCCCUGAUGGAUCGAGACAUCCACUCGACGUCUGCGAGUUCACCGAAGAGGAUUACCGGCACCAAAAUGGCAAUGGUAGUAACAGCCAUUACCAAAAUGGUAGAUCGGGCGUUGGUAUAUGGGAGUGUCUCAUAAGUUGCAGAAGACGGCUUGAUCAACAAUUAGCUCGAAGGAGGGUGGAGCAAGGUUUGAAAUUGUACCGGGCUCAUAAACAGCAGGCCGCGGUCAGGAAAUGGAGGGGCGCCCUGAAGAGCAUCAGACAUCGCGAAGAUAAAUUCGCUCUCCUCGGAUAUCUGUAUCAGGCGUAUAUGGAUUGGGGCAAAUACAGGGAUAGCAUUGAAUUCGGGAACAAGCAAUUAUGCAUCUCGGAGGAGCUGGAUUCACCGAACAUGCGGGCAGAAGCAUAUUUGAAUUUGGCCAGGGCACACGAGAGAUUGGGCGCUCUUGACAGAGCGUUAGAUUACGCCCGGCACAGCUUGUAUAACGAGUGCGAUCAGUGCGCUACUGCUGGAUUAGUUCACUUAACCGUAGGCAGAGUCCACUUGGAGCUAGCGGGAUUCUGUAAAGCCCUGGAAGCGUUUCAAAGAGCCCACAAAAUCGCCCACUCCAUUCAAGAUCCCUCCUUAGAGCUCCAGGUGUACGUCGGCCUGUCAGAACUCUUUUGCAGAUUACAGGACGCGGACAAGAGCGCGAGAUACGCGCGAGCUUACGAUCUCUCGAGAAGUUUACAGCUGGGAGAUCUGAAUUCGCGUCAUCACCGAGCAGCAUUAUUACAAAUGGCCGCGGCGCUUAGAAAAAAAGGAGAGUUGGGCGACGCUCAUGAUUACUGCUCGGAAGCGACGAGGCUGUCGUUAGUUUCUGGCGAUCAAGCCAGUUACGCCCGCAGCAUCCGUAUUAUGGGAGACAUUUACAGAAAGAAAUCCGAUAUAAAUAAAGCAUUCCGACAAUACGAGAGCGCGAUGGGUUCGGCGGCAGCGACUGGCGAUCGGCUGUGCCAAAUGGAAGCGAUGGACGGUGCGGCGAGAUGCCUAGAGGCUCUCAGGCUUCAACACAAGAUAUGCAACUGCCGGCCCCUCGAGUUCAAUACCAGACUCCUGGAAGUGGCAGGAUCAGUCGGCGCCAAGCUCUUGGUACGAACAGUCAGAUCCAGAUUAUCGCGUAUUUACGGGUCUUUGGGAGAUGAAGAACAGAAAGGGCAUCACGAGAGAUUAGCGAUCGCGAUGGAGGAAGAUCUGGAGUUGCGAUGCGGAAGUUGUAACGAGCCCUUUGGUUUGGAAGCCGAUUCCCUGGAGGCAUUACCCUGCUCUCAUAUAUUACACGCUCGAUGCGCGUACGACAUUCUGAAGAGACGCGACAAGAAGAAAAAGCGUUUAUGUCCCGACUGCCACAAAUCUGUCAGUUCACGGCUGUACCUGCAUUGCGAGGAUCCACACGGCAUGAAUACGUUAAAUCAUAGUUCCUUGAGCCUGGCGUCGUUGAGGGCCAGCAGCCUAGCAACACUUGAGGACUGUCACGCGACGAGUAGCGUUUAAAAAAAAAAAAAAAAACACAAUGGGAUUUUUCAUUUAUUUUAAUGCGUUGGUAUCCGCAUGCGAUUAGAAAUAAUUUUAAGAAUUAUAAUUCGGCAGGUAAAAAAAGUCAACGGAAAGUAGUACGAUGCAAAAAGAUUUAAUGGCAAUAAAAAGUGCACGCCUCGA